UUGUUUGCAGGCUCACUUCAUUGGUAAGCCGCUUUAAUUACUUGCUACCCUUAGAGACUUUUUAAGUGUUUGUCGUAUAGGUAUGCACUUCAAGCGGAUUUAGAUGAACUAGUGGGUUGGUCCAAACGUUGGUGUCUAGGAACCAACUCUAAUAAGAACGCAAUAAUGCACAUUGGUCGUAGCAAUUUUUUCUAGUAUGCCGUUGGUCUCACACCACUACUCCCAGUUUUUGAACUGAAUGACAUGGGUAUCAUCAUUAGUCAUAAUUUGGUAGCCUCGCCAAACUGUAAUGCAGAUGCAGCAGAGGGCUUCCACGUAUUAUGGUCCAUCCGCAGAGCUGUCAAGGGUUUUCAUCACGACAUGUUUGGAAUACUUUCGUUAGAUCUCACUUGGAAUACUGCAUUCAGGCGGCCAGCCCAUGUCUAGAAAAGAAUGCUGACGUAUUCAAGCGUGCUCAUAGGAAGAUUUGCAUGUUGAAAUUCAGUGUUUACAGAAGUGUUCUUAACACAUUAAGCCGUGGAUAUGCAAAGAAGGUGAAACCAACCAAAGGGAUUGCUGCUGUUGCUAAAGUGCGUGAAAUUAAAGUGGAGACAGACCCGGAUAAAAUUGUUAACUGUUGUUGUAUUAAUUACAGAAUAGGUGAACAACCUAUUCCACUGAAAUCCGAUAGUGAAUAUCCAGAAUGGCUUUGGAAGCUAAGGACAGACAGACAUCCUCCACCUCUUGAAGAAUUGGACAAGAACUCCUACAAAUAUUGGAGACGAGUUAGAAAAAUGAGUCGCAAUCUGAUAAACCAUUUGGCAUCCGUCGACGGGUGGCACAGAAAAGAUCAUCGGUCAUUUGAAAACCAUUCCUUGCGAUUUUACGGUGACUUGUAUUUAACUGUUUGUGAUUGGGCUAAUUCAAAGAAACUACUUGAAAAUAAAAGUGACUAAACUCU